CGUAUCAAUAUCGAUAGACCAAGCUUUGAUCUUACCAAACAAGUAACCACGAAUCAUCGAAGAGGUUUGGUUUACUGUAACAGACGAUACCGCAGCAUCUCCGUCAGCAGCUUCGGGAGCGUCAGUGUCGGUGGUGGCAAUGGCGGCGUACACCACCAGACAACAGUAACCAGGACCGCCGACGAUGUAGUGAAUAAGGAGAUAUCUCAGUGAGUGAGGGACCUAUAUAACUGUACCGGCGUGUCUGGGUCAGGGGGCGGACCCCCACGUUAUAGUAUACUCUGUAUAUCGGACAGGUGUAUUCCAUUCCGACUCCACGAGUUCUCGCGUACACCUUAACUCACAUCAUCUAGCUACCGCGAGUCAUCUCGCUCAAGAAGUUUGUUAGAUCGAUCUUACUGCUGUCUUGGAGUAACAGAGAAAUUGGAAAGAACGCGAGACGUUUGGAUCAUCGAGAAUCGUUAACGUAAGAUUCUUCCUAACCUAACCCCCCUAACCCGGUGUCAAAGUGCCGCGUCCCGUUCCGACCCUCUGGUGGACAUUGUGACAUACUGUGGUUUGUGCCCAAAGGGCUGUCGGACAACAACGUUACUCAAAUUCCCAGGACGAUAUAAGCGCCCUCAGUGCCUCACCGUGGAACCUAACGCGGAAUGCGGUUGCAUAUCCUCAUACUAGCCUGUCUCCUCCUUAAGGGGCUGACUCGCGGCGAAGAUGUGGAGGUGAUAGAGGCCGUUCCUGGGGAGGACAAGAGGAACGAGAAUUCAGGCUUGAACCGUCAGGAUGCGGAUAUAAGUGGCUCGGAUCAGUUGGCUCUGGAGUCAAUGGGGGAGAAUGAUGCCGGUGGAGGUCAUUACAAGCCUGGCGGUCUUCGAGGUCAUCCUCUUUCCUUGCCACCGGGCCGUGGAGGUCUUGGUGGUUCACCCCAUUCGCGACCUCAUCACAACGUGGCCUAUCACGGACCGCCGCCGCCUUUGCCGUCAAAGACGCAACCGGAAGCCAUGGACAAGAUCUACACCACUGGCAACGAGGUGAGCGGGGAACCGUGGCCUGCUCCCACGCCGGAUAUGCCCAAGAUCAUUUCACUUGACGUCAAGUGCGAGAAACACCUGAUGAAGGUGUAUCUCGGUUUUGACAAACCGUUCUACGGCAUUGUCUUCAGCAAGGGUCACUACAGUAACGUCAAUUGCGUCCACUUGCCCGCCGGCCUCGGCAGGACGUCCGUGAACUUCGAGAUCAGUAUACACGCUUGCGGUACCGCCGGUAACACUGAAAACGGACUUUACGGGUACGGCGCUGAAUCUGGAUCAGGCACUUACUUCGAGAACAUCAUCGUCGUCCAGUACGAUCCCCAGGUGCAGGAGGUCUGGGACCAGGCAAGGAAGCUACGUUGCACCUGGCACGACCUCUACGAGAAGUCCGUCACAUUCCGGCCAUUCCCAGUCGACAUGCUGGACGUGGUCCGUGCAGAUUUCGCGGGCGACAACGUGGGAUGCUGGAUGCAGAUCCAGGUCGGCAAAGGGCCUUGGGCUUCCGAGGUAUCCGGUCUGGUCAAGAUUGGUCAGACGAUGACCAUGGUCCUGGCUAUUAAGGAUGACGACUCCAAGUUCGAUAUGCUCGUUCGUAACUGCAUGGCGCAUGACGGGAAGAGGGCCCCGAUUCAACUGGUCGAUCAGAAGGGCUGCAUAACUAGGCCUAAGCUGAUGUCAAGGUUCACCAAGAUCAAGAACUUCGGCGCCAGUGCUUCCGUACUCUCCUACGCUCACUUCCAGGCCUUCAAGUUUCCGGACUCCAUGGAAGUUCAUUUCCAGUGCACCAUACAGAUAUGCCGUUAUCAGUGUCCCGAACAAUGUUCAGAAUCGGCACCUCUCUUGGAUCCGCACGCGGGACUUCUCGAGGAUCAAUCGAACGCACAUCCGGAUUCCAGCUACGGUUUCCCGCCGCCUUUGCCUCUUCCUCUUGAAGCUUAUCUACAGGCUGCCGCUGGUCGACCUCGGGACGAACGUCGUAGAAAAUCACGAGAGGUCAUAGCCACUCCGCAAAAAGCAGUCGGGGUUAAUCGUAUUAUACGCGUAGUCUCAACCGGUGACCUCACGUUCGCCAUUGACGAAUCUAACAACGACCCGCCUGGAGCCACUAUGGUAUUUCCGGUGAAGGACAGUGCAACCGGCUCCUCGCUCAUCUGCAUGACCACCCCAGGCUUUGCCGUUACUCUCAUCGUACUUCUCGCCGUCCUCCUGGCCUCGUGCAUCCUCUCGAUCUACCUCUGCGUGCGUCUACGACCGUUCGCCAAGACGAAGAAGACAGUGGCGACGUCUUACGGUAAUCAGCCGGUUCCCAAGAAAUCGACAAAGGCCUGUUUCUAUUCGUAGAAUCCAGCAACGUCUGCACCCUGUCACUUGGUCACUUUUUCUGGACACCUCCAGAGCACGUUACCGUGAAACCGCGAAAUGGCGAACAGGAACUUCCGUUCUGAUAAUCCAUUUCCUCAAUCAUCCUUCGUCGUCUUUAAACUUUGUUUUUCUUUUUCCUCACU